GUAAACCUGGGUCGUCUGUCGGACUGUAACGAGUACUUCAAAGCCCUGUCCCAGUCCAGUAUGAGAGAGAUCUCAGAGAGACUGAUUCUCCUGGACCACAUUCCCUUCUCAGUCUUCCACUCCCUCCUAGAAUUCUGCUUCUGGAAUGACUUCAGCGUUCCCCAGGAGGAGCUGGGAGAACACCUCCUCUCUAACCUGGUGGUCCCUGCACGCACCACACACCUGGAGUUCCAGGUCUCAGGCAGCCUCUGGAACUGCCGUUCUGCUGCCAACAAGGCUGACUUCAUCCCAGCCUAUGCUACCCUCCAGUCCCUCGACUUCCUGGCGCUGACGGAAACAUGGAUUACCACUGAAAACACUGCUACUCCUACUGCUCUCUCCUCGUCUGACCAUGUGUUCUCGCAUACCCCGAGAGCAUCUGGUCAGAGGGGUGGUGGCACAGGAAUCCUCAUCUCUCCCAAGUGGUCAUUCUCAAUUUUUCCCCUAACCCAUCUGUCUAUCUCCUCAUUUGAAUUCCACGCUGUCACAGUCACUAGCCCAUUUAAGCUUAAUAUCCUUGUCAUCUAUCGCCCUCCAGGUUCCCUUGGAGAGUUCAUCAAUGAGCUUGACGCCUUGAUAAGUUCCUUUCCUGAGGAUGGCUCACCCUUCACAGUUUUGGGGGAUUUCAACCUCCCUACGUCUACAUUUGACUCAUUUCUCUCUGCCUCCUUCUUUCCACUCCUCUCCUCUUUUGACCUCACCCUCUCACUGUCCCCCCCUACUCACAAGGCAGGCAAUACGCUUGACUUCAUCUUUACUAGAUGUUGCUCUUCUACUAAUCUCACUGCAACUCCCCUCCAUGUCUCCGACCACUACUUUGUAUCCUUUUCUCUCUCGCUCUCCUCCAACACUACUCACUCUGCCCCUACACAGAUGGUAACGCGCCGCCGCAACCUUCGCUCUCUCUCUCCCACUACUCUCUCCUCUUCCAUCCUAUCAUCUCUUCCCUCUGCUCAAUCCUUCUCCCUCCAAUCUCCUGAUUCUGCCUCCUCAACCCUCCUCUCCUCCCUUUCUGCAUCCUUUGACUCCCUGUGUCCCCUAUCCUCCCGGCCGGCUCGGUCCUCCCCUCCAGCUCCGUGGCUUGAUGACUCAUUGCGAGCUCACAGAACAGAGCUCCGGGCAGCUGAGCGGAAAUGGAAGAAAACUAAACUCCCUGCCGACCUGGCAUCUUUUCACUCCCUCCUCUCUACAUUUUCUUCAUCUGUUUCUGCUGCUAAGGCCACUUUAUACCACUCUAAAUUCCAAGCAUCUGCCUCUAACCCUAGGAAGCUCUUUGCCACAUUCUCCUCACUGCUGAAUCCUCCCCCCCACCCCCCCCCCCCCCCCCCCCCUCCUCCCUCUCUGUGGAUGACUUCGUCAACCACUUUGAAAAGAAGGUUGACGACAUCCGAUCCUCGUUUGUUGAGUCUAAUGACACUGCUGGUCCUGCUCACACUGCCCUACCCUAUGCUUUGACUUCUUUCUCCCCUCUCUCUCCAGAUAAAAUCUUGCGACUAGUGACUGCAGGCCGCCCAACAACCUUCCCGCUUGACCCCAUCCCCUCCUCUCUUCUCCAGACCAUCUCCGGUGACCUUCUCCCCUACCUCACCUCGCUGAUCAACUCAUCCUUGACCGCUGGCUAUGUCCCUUCCGUCUUCAAGAGAGCGAGAGUUGCACCCCUUCUCAAAAAACCAACACUCGAUCCCACUGAUGUCAACAACUACAGACCAGUAUCCCUUCUUUCUUUUCUUUCCAAAACUAUUGAGCGUGCCGUCUUUAGCCAACUCUCUUGCUAUCUCUCUCAGAAUGACCUUCUUGAUCCAAACCAGUCAGGUUUCAGGACUGGUCAUUCAACUGAGACUGCUCUUCUCUGUGUCACGGAGGCUCUCCGCACUGCUAAAGCUAACUCUCUCUCCUCUGCUCUUGUCCUUCUAGACCUGUCUGCUGCCUUUGAUACUGUGAACCAUCAGAUCCUCCUCUCCACCCUCUCCGAGCUGGGCAUCUCCGGCGCGGCUCACUCCUGGAUUGCGUCCUACCUGACCGGUCGCUCCUACCAAGUGGCGUGGCGUGAAGCUGUCUCCGCACCACGUGCUCUCACCACUGGUGUCCCCCAGGACUCAGUUCUAGGCCCUCUCCUUUUCUCCCUAUACACCAAGUCACUUGGCUCUGUCAUAUCCUCACAUGGCCUCUCCUAUCAGAGGUAUGGAUGACGGAUCACCACCUCAAGCUGAACCCUGGCAAGACGGAGCUGCUCUUCCUCCCGGGGAAGGACUGCCCGUUCCAUGAUCUCGCCAUCACGGUUGACAACUCCGUUGUGUCCUCCUCCCAGAGUGCGAAGAGCCUUGGCGUGACCCUGGACAACACCCUGUCGUUCUCCGCUAACAUCAAGGCGGUGACCCGAUCCUGCAGGUUCAUGCUCUACAACAUUCGGAGAGUACGACCCUGCCUUACACAGGAAGCGGCACAGGUCCUAAUCCAGGCACUUGUCAUCUCCCGUCUGGAUUACUGCAACUCGCUGUUGGCUGGGCUCCCUGCCUGUGCCAUUAAACCCCUACAACUCAUCCAGAAUGCCGCAGCCCGUCUGGUGUUCAACCUUCCCAAGUUCUCUCACGUCACCCCCCUCCUCCGCACACUCCACUGGCUUCCAGUUGAAGCUCGCAUCCGUUACAAGACCAUGGUGCUUGCCUAUGGAGCAGUGAGGGGAACGGCACCUCCGUACCUUCAGGCUCUGAUCAGUCCCUACACCCAAACGAGGGCAUUGCGUUCAUCCACCUCUGGCCUGCUGGCUCCCCUUCCUCUGCGGAAGCAUAGUUCCCGCUCAGCCCAGUCAAAACUGUUCGCUGCUCUGGCACCCCAAUGGUGGAACAAGCUCCCUCACGACGCCAGGACAGCGGAGUCACUCACCACCUUCCGGAGACAUUUGAAACCCCACCUCUUUAAGGAAUACCUGGGAUAGGAUAAAGUAAUCCUUCUACCCCCCCCCCCCCCCCCCCCCCCCCAAAAAAAAAUAAUAAUAUAUAAAAAAAAUUGUAAAGUGGUUAUCCCACUGGCUAUAGGGUGAAUGCACCAAUUUGUAAGUCGCUCUGGAUAAGAGCGUCUGCUAAAUGACGUAAAUGUGCCCUUGAGCAAGGCACUUAACCCUAAUUGCUCCUGUAAGUCGCUCUGGAUAAGAGCGUCUGCUAAAUGACUAAAAUGUAAAAUGUAACACAUCCAAGUGGGUCUUAUUCCUCAUAUAUCAUACCUUAUUUUCCACUCAUGGAAAUUCAUCUGGCCCAGGCUGGCAGAUCACACAUAGCACCAGCAAUUUAUUGUUUGUAAUGUUGUAAUGUUUAUAAUGUUGCAAUGCUCUCUCUCUGUGUCUGGCUCUGGAGAUGGGCAGCUACCUGCAGGCUUGUCGAAAGUAACAGUAAGCAAAAUCAGGUAAAUUGAUAAAGCACACUUUCUUUAACCUCAAUGUCAGCUUGUUUGGACAUCACAUUGUGGUUUCUAGCUGUAUAGAUUCUGUAUUUUGGAUGUUUUCAGUGUAUUUUGAACACUUUCAGACAAUGCGAUUAAUCACAAUAACAAAAAGAUGUGUGUACUAAAAUUACAAAAAGUGAACUUGAGUUAACUGACUCUGUCCAACCAUAGGUGUGUGUGUGUGUGUGUGUGUGCUCUGCUGCAGGUUUGUUGUCUCCUUUCUGCCUCUGACUGACUUUCAGUUAACCAUGUUCCUGUCCCAUGACCUGCCUCUGGCCACCAGCCUGGGCCCCUGUCUCUAUGUCCUGAGGAACAUCCAGAGGACUGGAGAAAAGCUGCUUCUACAGUAUGACCCCAGGCGAGGUAAAACAGUCUUGUCUCAAUCCAGGUAGUGAGUGGAGUUGUUCCUUUCAACCUUACAUGUUGGUCAAUUGCAGGCUGCAGUCUAAUGAAUAACAGCCUUGGACCCCCUAACAUACAGACACACACAUGCACACACGUUCGUACGUGCACACAUACUCCUGUUUUCUCUCUCUUUCCCAGACUUGUGGUCUGAGCUGCUCCCUACCCAAACCAAAGCCACUGUUGACCUUCCCAGCCUCUACUUCCUUGGCACCACCGACCGGCUGUUUGUGAUUGGAGGAAAUAACUCUGAGAAUGUGGUGGCAUCAGUCUGGGCAGUGGGGGCAGGUGAGACCACCACCUGAGUGUUCUCUUGAAUGAUAUGAAGUUGCGUUUAAUGCCAUAGGCCUAUCUAAUCCUCCCGUAUCUGGUCCUAGGUGGAAGGGGCUGAGAAGGUGGCGUUAGCUGGACAGGGGACAGUGCUGGGUGACCAGGUGUACAUGCCAGGUAUAGAACACAACGCUGCUGUAACGCUGGAUCUUCACUCCCUCUCUCUCACUGUCCUCCCUCCUCUACCCAUCUGCACCCGCUAUGAAGCCCUACUUCACCUCUCCUUCUGACACAAACUUUCAUCAAUCAAUCUGAUUUGCCUUGGCUUGCUCUGUUUGGGGUUCAGGCCCAGAUUUUAGUUGAGCGCAUCUGGAAAAACGCAGACUCAUCGUCAAGGUGGAUCUUUGCUACAUGAGGACAGUACCAUUCUGUGUCAGCAACAAUAAGCCUUGCCAUGCUUUCGCUCUGCCUUUAAUGACAACUUGAACUAAAGUACUCUGAAGGAGAAAACUCACCAGACGAUUGUCGGUACAGUAGGAAGUCAUUUGUUUGCCAUUCGUUCGCUUGCUGACGGUGCGUUGUGUAAUAUCAUAUAUAUAAAAAUAAUUUUAUCCCGUUUCUACAUUGGUUCUACAUCGGUUUGUACUCGAUUUGCAAUUUACGUCCGGCACUCUGUUCAGAGGUGCUACGUACUCUCGGCCGGCAGACACUCGACAAUACUACCGAUCUGUCUGUGCCUUAAAUCUCUACCCAGAGGAGGAUGGGCUCCCAACCUCUUUUUUUUCCUUUUAAAGAAUUCCUAUGGAGUUUGUCUUUCCAACCUUUGCCUUUGUUUACUCUUUUGGGGGGUUUACUUACUAAUAAGCAAUUUGUGACAAAUGUAUUUGUGAAAUAGGUUAAUAGGUUAAAGAAGAAUAAAACGUAUUUGAAACAUAAAGCCAUUGAUCUUAACUAAUCCCAGGACACUUGGUUGACUGACUAAAGCUUAAAGCCUGUCAGACCAUGAGAAAAACAGGGAGUGAGGUGUCCACAGGUGUAGUGACACAAAAACGGAACAUGGUGGGUUAUUACAUAACACAGCCACCAUAGACACACUGUUUACAGAGAGAGAGAGAGAGAGAGAGAGAGAGAGAGAGAGAGAGAGAGAGAGAGAGAGAGAGAGAGAGAGAGAGAGAGAGAGGAGAGAGAGAGAAGAGAGAGAGAGAGAGAGAGAGAGAGAGAGAGAGAGAGAGAGAGAGAGAGAGAGAGAGAUUAAACUUGCCUCAAAACAUACCUUAUAACUAUGAAUGAUUAAUUAACCAUUUGUCACUGGUUGCCAUGACUGAAAGUGAAUAUAUACGUAAAUAGAUUGAUGAAUAAACAUCAAGUAUUUAUAGGUGUACUCUGUAGGGGUUUGAACGCUAUGUAGUCAGCAGCCACGUGAGGUUACAGUCUAGCUCUAGAUGGUGUCCAGUUACAGAUAGAAAAGUCUGGAAGGGGGGGUGGGGGGGGGGGGGGCAUAGGGGACGUACGGAGAGAGAGAAAGAGAGAGAGGGAGGAAGGGAGAAAGCAUAGGGGAUAGCAUUGCUCUCAGUACCUGAGGAAAGACACUUCAAGGGCAUAGGAGUCACUCACAGAACACAGAGAGAGGUUCAGCCCUGGUCCAGAGGAAUUCCACUGAGAGAAACCACAGUCACUGCCUUCUUCUGUUUCACUUCAGCAAGCUUGAAUUGAAUCCAUUUGCAAAAAGGUAUGGAAUUACUGAAUGUUUGGUUUUUAGAUUGCUAUAAUGUAUAAUGUCUUAGGCUACUGUAGCUGUCCAUGACUCUGAGACACUAAAGUAUGUAAUACUGUAGCCUAGUAUAGUUAGGUACCAUAUGGAUUUGUUGCUGGUGCUGGGUAUAGUGCUCUCACUGUCCAUGCACCUGAUAGCUAUGGAAACCAUUUCUGAUGUUUGACAAACAAAAGCAAGCCAAAAGUGAGUUAUUCUGUAGGCCCCUUUGUGCCACACAAUAUUUGUGUGUAAUAGGCUAGACAAAUGUUUAUCAUAGGAAAUCUGCAUCAUCACAAUUCAUUUGCUAAAGUAAAUGUUAGCUGAAGGGAAUGAAUCGUGUCAUUCUUCAGUGUUUAUAUUGUUAAAAACUAAAUUUGCCUAAAUCUAAACUUAUAGGUGACCGGACACAUAAUAUAAAGCUAUACUGGAGAAAUAUCAAUUUGGCACUGAUGGCACUGUAUUGUGUAUUAUGCCACUGAUCUAGCCUAUUUAUUAUAAUAUUUUGAAUGAAUUCACCUUGUAAAAUGUUUCAUUAUGUGGUCUGUGGUGUAGUAGACCUCACAUGCUCUUCCUAGUCUGCAGUGUUUAUAUUUUUAAACCAGUCCUACGUCUGAGAGCAUGCCAGUAGCCUAGGCUAUAAUUGGUGUUUCAACUUUGCUCCACUUGGCUGCUGGCCCGUCAUAUGACAUGGAAAAAGAAAUUCAAGCAAACUUUUCAGUCAACCGGGCCACAACAUAAACAGACUUAUGACCUCCACAUACAGUUUGAAAAUAUUUAACAAAUCCCUAAAAUUACAAGAGGCCUGCCUGGGGCAAUUUAUUUGUCAUUGUUUACAUGAGCCUAUGAAAAUAAAAAUUCUCUCCAGGGCCGGAUUACCAAAUGGGCACGCAGGGCAUGUGUCGCGGGGCCCCUGAGAUGGCAUAUGAACACCUCAUAAGCAAUGGCAAAAUAUGUAAAAUUCCAUGAAAUUAGCUUUCAAACUGAAGGAAAAUAUAUAUAUAUACAGUUGAAGUCGGAAGUUUACAUACACUUAGGUUGGAGUCAUUUAAACUCGUUUUUCAAACACUCCACAAAUGUCUUGUUAACAAACUAUAGUUUUGGCAAGUCGGUUAGGACAUCUACUUUGUGCAUGACACAAGUCAUUUUUCCAACAAUUGUUUACAGACAGAUUAUUUCACUUAUAAUUCACUGUAUCACAAUUCCAGUGGGUCAGAAGUUUACAUACACUAAGUUGACUGUGCCUUUAAACAGCUUGGAAAAUUCCAGAAAAUGAUGUCAUGGCUUUAGAAGCUUCUGACAUCAUUUGAGUCAAUUGGAGGUGUACCUGUGGAUGUGUUUCAAGGCCUACCUUCAAACUCAGUACGUCUUUGCUUGACAUCAUGGGAAAAUCAAAAGAAAUCAGCCAAGACCUCAGAAAAAAAGUUGUAGACUUCCACAAGUCUGGUUCAUCCUUGGGAGCAAUUUCCAAAUGCCUGAAGGUACCACGUUCAUCUGUAUAAACAAUAGUACGCAAGUAUAAACACCAUGGGACCACGCAGCCGUCAUACCGCUCAGGAAGGAGACGUGUUCUGUCUCCUAGAGAUGAACGUACUUUGGUGCGGAAAGUGCAAAUCAAUCCCAGAACAACAGCAAAGGACCUUGUGAAGAUGCUGGAGGAAACAUGUACAAAACUAUUUAUAUCUACAGUAAAACGAGUCCUAUAUCGACAUAACCUGAAAGGCCGCUCAGCAAGUAAGAAGCCACUGCUCCAAAACCACCAUAGAAAAGCCAGACUACGGUUUGCAACUGCACAUGGAGACAAAGAUCAUACUUUUUGGAGAAAUGUCCUCUGGUCUGAUGAAACAAAAAUAUAACUGUUUGGCCAUAAUGACCAUCGUUAUGUUUGGAGGAAAAAGGGGAUACCUUGCAAGCCGAAGAACACCAUCCCAACCGUGAAGCACGGGGGUGGCAGCAUCAUGCUGUGGGGGUGCUUUACUGCAGGAGGGACUGGUGCACUUCACAAAAUAGAUGGCAUCAUGAGGAAGGAAAAUUAUGUGGAUAUAUUGAAGUUGUGGCAAAAUGACUUAAGGACAACAAAGUCAAGGUAUUGAAGUGGCCAUCACAAAGCCCUGACCUCAAUCCUAUAGCAAAUCUGUGGGCAGAACUGAAAAAGCGUGUGCGAGCAAGGAGGCCUACAAUCCUGACUCAGUUACACCAGCUCUGUCAGGAGGAAUGGGCCAAAAUUCACCCAAAUUAUUGUGGGACGCUUGUGGAAGGCUACCCGAAACGUUUGACCCAAGUUAAACAAUGUAAAGGCAAUGCUACCAAAUACUAAUUGUGUGUAUGUAAACUUCUGACCCACUGGGAAUGUGAUGAAAUAAAUAAAAGCUUAAAGAAAUCAUUGUCUUUACUAUUAUUCUUAAAAUAAAGUGGUGAUCCUAACUGACCUAAGACAGGGAAUUUUUACUACGAUUAAAUGUCAGGAAUUGUGAAAAACUGAGUUUAAAUGUAUUUGGCUAAGGUUUAUGUAAACUUCCGACCUCAACUGUAUAUACAAAUUGGUGGUGGGGGGGUCCCAAGGAGGCAGUGCAGCCCAGUUUCUCUCAGCUGAAAUUGAUUAAGGGUUGACUUCAUUCCCACCUAAAGUUGGUUUGGUUUGAUAAUUGCGCAAUAGCAAACAUUUUAAAAUACCUUCACGUGUGUAAACAGUUGAAGUUCAAUGCCUCUGUCUAUCUCUCUCUCUUAACAGAGUCUUCAACGUCACCGGGAUGGCGGAGGCACAUCAGGCGGUUGGCUUCCAGUUCACCGUCACCCCAGACGGCAUCGACCUCCACCUGAGCCGUGAGGUACUCAAACACAUCUACCUGUCGGGAGUGACGUCAUGGAGAAAGCGUGCCAUAAGAUUUAAGGUUUGUUUUCCAACGAUUAAGUAGCCCUACGGUCAUUACCAAACCUGGACCUGAUAGCUUGUUUGGUUUUUGUUGCAGUCCAGCACUAAAACAACUGAUUGAAGCUAUUAUUGUUACCUUGAUUAAAUCAGGUGUGUGAAGCCUAGUGCUUGGCUGGGAUAAAUGCUUGCACAUCCAGGAAUAGCCUUGUUGGUCUGUUUGUAGUCUAACUAUCUAAAUGAACAUUGAAUUAUAUUAUUUUAUUUCAGAAUGGGAUAUUGACAGGGGUCUACCCUGCCAGUCCAUCCAGUUGGCUGAUCGCGGUGAUAGCCAUCAUGAGCACCAUGUAUGCCAGGAUAGACCCAUCACUGGGAAUGAUAGACACCAUCAAGAGGACCCUGCCUGUCAGGUCAGUGAGCAAAUAACACAAUGAUGAACAGGCUUUGGGGAAGAGCGAUGCAUAUUUUUUCUGAUAAAGUAUGUAACUGUGGUUAUCUGUUGAAAUAAUUUUCUUUUGAAGGACAAUAAACAUUUAGAUUGUUUGAUGUUCUCUCCUCUCUCCAGUGGCUACAUGACAGUGCAGACCCAGACAGUGCUGAGUGCCAUCCUGUUUGCCACGGGGCUGUGGCUCUCCCUCAUCCUCAUGCUGAGGUACAUUCUCAAGGCCCUUCUCUCCUACCACACCUGGAUCUUUGAGUCCCACGGCAAAAUGAGCUUCUGCACCAAACUCUGGCUGGUAAGUCUGUCAAAUGUCUCUAUUUCAAAAUAAACAUGACCAAAAGAGCAGCUCACUCAUAGCUCAGAAUCAAGACAAUAUAUUUUCUGAGCUCUUAUUCUCAUCCAUGAGUAUUUGAUUAUUCUGACAAUUAACCCAGUCAUUGUGUUGUUUGUCCUCAGAGUCUGGUGAAGAUGUUCUCUGGGCGCAGACCUCUCCUCUACAGCUUCCAGGCCUCCCUACCCAGACUACCUGUGCCUAGCGUGGACGACACCAUAACCAGGGUGAGAAAGGUGGUUAUGUGUCUCAUAUGCUUGGAUGAAAUACAAUAUGAAACUGAUCACAUUUGUUUAGGAGAGUGAUAGACCAGGACCAGUGUAGAACCAUGUAUGUACAGUUGAAGUUUACAUACACCUUAGCCAAAUACAUUUAAACUCAGUUUUUCAAAAUUCCUGACAUUUAGGUCAGUUAGGAUCACCACUUUAUUUUAAGAAUGUGAAAUGUCAGAAUAAUAGUAGAGAGAAUUAUUUCUUUCAGCUUUUAUUUCUUUCAUCACAUUCCCAGUGGGUCAGAAGUUUACAAAAUGUCCUUAAGCCAUUUUGCCACAACUUUGGAAGUAUGCUUGGGGUCACUGUCCAUUUGGAAGACCAUUUGCGACCAAGCUUUAACUUCCUGACUGAUGUCUUGAGAUGUUGCUUCAAUAUAUCCACAUAAUUUCCCUUCCUCAUGAUGCCAUCUAUUUUGUGAAGUGCACCAGUCCCUCCUGCAGCAAAGCACCCCCACAGCAUGAUGCUGCCACCCCCGUGCUUCACGGUUGGGAGGGUGGUCUUCGGCUUGCAAGCAACCCCCUUUUUCCUCCAAACAUAACGAUGCUCAUUAUGGCCAAGCAGUUCUAUUUCUGUUUCAUCAGACCAGAGGACAUUUCUCCAAAAAGUACGAUCUUUGUCCCCAUGUGCAGUUGCAAACCGUAGUCUGGCUUUUUAUGGUGGUUUUGGAGCAGUGGCUUCUUCCUUGCUGAGCGGCCUUUCAGGUUAUGUCGAUAUAGGACUCGUUUUACUGUGGAUAUAGAUACUUUUGUACCUGUUUCCUCCAGCAUCUUCACAAGGUCCUUUGCUGUUGUUCUGGGAUUGAUUUGCACUUUUUGCACCAAACUACAUUCAUCUCUAGGAUACAGAGCGCGUCUCCUUCCUGAGCGGUAUGACGGCUGCGUGGUCCCAUGGUGUUUAUACUUGCGUACUAUUGUUUGUACAGAUGAACGUGGUACCUUCAGGCGUUUGGAAAUUGCUCCCAACGAUGAACCAGACUUGUGGAGGUCUACAAUUUUUUUUCUGAGGUCUUGGCUGAUUUCUUUUGAUUUUCCCAUGAUGUCAAGCAAAGAGGCACUGCGUUUACAAAAUACAUCCACAGGUAGACCUCCAAUUGACUCAAAUUAUGUCAAUUAGCCUAUCAGAAGCUUCUAAAGCCAUGACAUCAUUUUCUGGAAUUUUCCAAGCUGUUUAAAGGCACAGUUAACUUAGUGUAUGUAAACGGCUGACCCACUGGAAUUGUGAUACAGUAAAUUAUAAGUGAAAUAAUCUGUCUGUAAACAAUUGUUGGAAAAAUGACUUGUGUCAUGCACAAAGUAGAUGUCCUAACCGACUUGCCAAAACUAUAGUUUGUUAACAAGAAAUUUGUGGAGUGGUUGAAAAACGAGUUUUAAUGACUCCAACCUAAGUGUAUGUAAACUUCCGACAUCAACUGUACACUACAUAUCAGUAUUAUAUCAUAUAAUCUCUGUGACCUUGCAGUACCUGGAAUCAGUGCGCCCCCUGCUAGAUGAUGAGCAGUACAACCAGAUGGAGGUGGUGGCCAAUGACUUCAAGAAGGACCAGGCACCCAAACUCCAGAAAUACCUCAUUCUCAAAUCCUGGUGGGCUACUAACUACGUACGUAUUCCGAAGUGUGAUGUCAGGUUACAUGAAAUGAUAAUGUCGUAACUUUAUUUAUUAAGCUGUUUUGGUGAGUGCUCAAAGUGCUCUUUAAAACAAAGUAAUAGUAGUUGAACAAAUGAUUGUAAUAGAUUAUGUUUUACAGGUGAGUGAUUGGUGGGAGGAGUACAUCUACCUGAGAGGCAGGAGUCCCAUCAUGGUCAACAGUAACUUCUACACCAUGGUAAGACAUGUCUAUAUGUGUACUCAUACAGGUUAACAUGGCAUUGCUUGAGAUGUAUCCAGUAACCUUUACCUAAUGAUGUAUUUGAUGAUCUGCUUUAGGAUCUGCUGUACGUGAUUCCCACACACAGACAGGCAGCUCGAGCAGGGAAUGUGGUUCACGCGAUGCUGCAGUACCGACGCAAACUAGAGAGAGGAGAACAUGCACCGGUAACGAGUACCCCUCUCUCUGUCUCUCUCACCCCCCUUCUCUCCCUCUCUGUACCCCUGAGAGUAUUGAGGUCCCUCCCCCAUUUCCCCUUUGACCCUCGGCCCUCUCUCUACCCCCUAAAUAGCCCAGGUCAUCUCCCUCUGUUCACCUAAAUCAUCAUCCCACUGCCUUCGACUUGUUUAUACUCUAGGGCAUUUCCAUGUAAAAAGCCCCAUGAACACUAACAUUUGAAGAUCAUAGGAGCACAUCAAAUUUGGUGUCAAAUGAAAGCUAACAGUAUACAUUUUUUUAAAAAUGAAGGCACAUAUACAUUUUCUAACUAUUUUCCCUCCUGAAAAUUAGGAAUAAGCAAAUGCUUAGAUUGUUGGUCAAACAGAUGGAAAAGAGGUCCUAGAAAACUUCUAGCAGAAAAAUUAUUACGGUAUUAGAAAUACAUAAUAACACAAUAACUAAUAUCAACAUUAUAUUUAGUUUUGCAGAAAUUAUUUGCCUUCUGUAAGUUUAAUAGAUAUUGUAUUUCUGUGACCAAAAACCCACAUAUCUUUGAGAUAAAAAAAAUUAAAUAAAACUCCCUUAUGAGGAGGGAGGAUAAAGAACGUUCACAGAAGUAAAAAGUAAAGGUAGACCUACCAAUUAGUUAUAGUGUUUUUACUGAUAACAAUUUGGUUGAUGAUUUAUUAAGUGAUUAAAACGUGUCGUGAAAUGGACCCAUUGUUUUAUCUUACCAUCAUUCUGUUACUGGCUGUUAUUCCACUCCACUUACUGGAGUUCAAGGGGUCAUAUCAUAGCUGACACCCCAUUCUUUCUGCAAAGAUCUUUUAAUCUUAACUCGGAGUAGAUAUUUAAGAGUUUUUGGAAAACAUGGUCACCUAAUAAACUGAGGAAGAUUUCACAGUCAUUCUGUUACCAAACUUCACAUCUGUACUGUUCUUCGCGUAAAUGUGUUUUUGUAAAAUCUUCUGUGGAAAUUGUUAAAGGCCCAGUGUAGUCAAAAACUAGAUUUCCCAGUGUUUGAUAUAUAUAUUUCCACACUGUAUGGUUGGAAUAAUACUGUGAAAUUGUGAAAAUUAUGAUAAUGCCCUUUUAGUGUAAGAGCUGUUUGAAAAGACCACCUAAAAGUUCAGCCUGUUUUGGUGGGAUGCCAUUAACACCUAGUUUUCAGUUUUCCCCUCCCCACUCAGACCACUCCCAGACAGUCCUAGCGAAAUUCUUGCUUGAGAAAUUGCUCUUUGCUAAGAAGCCAUUUUUGUUAAUUUUUGACCAUUUUAAUUAAAAACAAUCACAGUAAGGUUCUUAAUUGUUACCCAGAAAUGAUUUGAUAUUGAGAUAAAAAUGGCUGCAUUGAACUUUUAAAUGUAGUCCUUGUGCAUAGAUUUGUAUGGUUUGUUUAUCUUUGCAGUCAAUGGUUUUUGUUUGGCAUACUUUUAAAGGGUCUCACCAUUAUUCUGUUGCCGUGGAGUUGCCCUCUACUAAAGUAACCCCUCUCUCUUUUCUCUCCUCUCACUCUCUCUCUCUAGUUGAGGGCUCUGGGGGUGGUGCCCAUGUGUUCCUAUCAGAUGGAGAGGAUGUUCAACACCACACGUAUCCCUGGCAUAGAGACAGGUGCGUACACUGCUGCCUUCUGGGGGCAUAACACUAUCAGACUAUCGCUGGGUAGUUGCAUGAAUCAAUAUGAACAUGAGUUUGUGUCAGACGCAUCUUCCAACCAUCUUAGACAAAAGCUAUCAUUCAAGAGGAGUGUCAUGUGCAUCCCCCCACCCCCUUAUAAUUUUCUAUGUCCUCUCCCCCUCUCCUACUCCUUGGUCCAGACUUUGUUCAGCACCUGAGUGACCGGAAGCACCUGGUGGUGUACCAUAAGGGGCGCUUCUUUAAGGUGUGGCUGUACUACGGGGGACGUCACCUCUGGCCCUCGGAGCUGGAGACUCAGUUCCAGAGGAUCCUCAACGACACCACAGAGCCACAGCCUGGGGAACUCAAACUGGCUGCCCUCACAGCCGGCAACAGGUAUUCACACAUAUAGACAUGAAAGCGCAACCUCCCCCCUUCCUCACACACACAUCAGAAAUAAAAAGGCCACCUCUUAUCUUCUCCCAGAGUUCCUUGGGCGCGGGCUCGUCUGAAGUACUUCAGCCAGGGUGUUAACAAAGCCUCUCUGGAGGCCAUCGAGACAUCAGCCUUCUUCCUCACCCUUGACGACGAGGCGCACGGUUACGACCCUGACAAGCUGAGAUCAUUGGACCUGUACGCCAAGUCCCUGCUGCACGGGAAGUGCUAUGACAGGUGAGACAAACGGGAAGUGCUAUGACAGGUGAGACAAACGGGAAGUGCUAUGACAGGUGAGACAAACGGGAAGUGCUAUGACAGGUGAGACAAACGGGAAGUGCUAUGACAGGUGAGACAAACGGGAAGUGCUAUGACAGGUGAGACAAACGGGAAGUGCUAUUAUUUUAUUUUAUUUUAUUUUAUUUUUUUAGUCAUUUAGCAGACGCUCUUAUCCAAAGCGACUUACAGUUAGUGAGUGCAUACAUUUUUUAUUUUCUUUCAUACUGACAGGUGAGACAAACGGAAAGUGCUAUGACAGGUGAAACAAACGGGAAGUGCUAUGACAGGUGAGACAGGACAGGAAAGAAGGAAGAAAAUAUGUGUUGUAAAGUAGGCCUAUUUCAGUGAGGAUAGUUUAGUGCUAUAUUGCUGUUCUGUGCACUGCCUUUAUGAUGAGUGUGUUUCAGUGUUUAACCUGAUAUGCCUUCUCUCUCUCAGGUGGUUUGACAAAUCCUUCACCCUGAUCGCUUAUAAGAACGGUAAACUGGGGGUCAAUGCAGAACACGCGUGGGCAGACGCUCCCAUUGUAGGACACAUGUGGGAGGUAACAAUAUUAUUGAUGGUCAGGGCCGGCUCUAGCCUUUUGGGGGCCCUAAGGCGAUUUGGUUGGGGGGCCCCCACCUCGUGGCAAAAAAUGUUGUGGCCCCCCUAUUGACGGCGAAGAGAAAAAUGUACGAUGUAUACCUAAUUUCCUGCAAUUCGACCAUUUUCCAUGUGGUGUAGAGAUAUUUUUGAAAUUUUAAAGCUAAUUUCCAAAAAUUCUACACAUUUUGCCAUGACUAUGUCAUAUUAAUAUGAUAUCUGAGUGAGAAUGACUAAAAAAUCUAUGUGGGCCCCCUGGAGGUCAGGGCCCCUGGGCACGUGCCCUGCGCCGUGCCCGGUCGGUAUUCGGCCAUGAUUACUACAAGCUGGCUAGACUAACUACCAAUCAAAAAAUGUACAUGGCUAAUUGUCAGCUAAUUGCACCUGGUGUAUUCUACUAUUCUUACUCUCAACAGUAAGUUGAGACCCUGACUGAGUUUUUGGGGUCGGGGGCCCUCUAGUGGCCGGUGGCUCUAAGCGGCCACUUAUGUCUGGAGCCGGCCCUAUUGAUGGUGUAUUAAUGAUGUAUUACAAAUAUUGUUCUUCUAAAACACAAUAUAUGACAUGGUGUGAUUCAUUGGGAUGUGUGUUGUGUGAAUCUAAUGGUUGCUGUGCUCUCUGUGUAGUACGUCCUAGCAACGGACUGCUUCCAUCUGGGCUACACAGAGGAGGGGCACUGCAAAGGAGACAUCAGCAAGGGCCUGCCUCCCCCCGCCAAACUACAAUGGGACAUUCCAUUGGAGGUAUGGCUUCUAAUGUGUUAGGGAUAAGAAGUUGUAGCUUUAGUAAAGAGUAAAAGCUAGUUUAGUGUUGUGUUCAGUAGACCAGUCAGUAGUUUCUACAGGCUGUCCUGUGUCUUGUCUGACCCUUUCUGGUCUCUCCUCCUCCCUCAGUGCCAGGAGGUCAUCGAGGAUUCCUACAUGGUUGCAAAGGAGAUAGCUGAUGACGUGGACUUCCAUUGCUGUCUGUUUGAUGAGUUUGGGAAAGGCCUGAUCAAGAACAGUAGGACCAGUCCUGAUGCCUUCAUACAGCUAGCACUGCAGCUGGCUCAAUUCAGGGUGUGUGUGUGUGUGUGUGUGUGUGUGUGUGUGUGUGUGUGUGUGUGUGUGUGUGUCAUGAAUAGACAACAGAUGAACAAUAUCAUAUCUCUAGCAAUGAAACUGAAUGUAUUUGUUGUCUAUGUGUUGUAGGAUAAGGGGGAGUUCUGUCUGACGUAUGAGGCCUCGAUGACCCGGAUGUUCCGUGAGGGUAGGACAGAGACGGUUCGCUCCUGCACCAUAGAAUCCACAGCUUUCGUCAGAGCCAUGGAGGACAAGAACACUAAGGUGAGGAAACACACCUUAAACACACACCUCUCUUACUGUGUGCCUUUGUUAAUAAUUUCAGAGGCAAUAUAGAAUGCACUAAUGACAGCCCAAGAGCAGUAACAGUCACCUUCCACAUACAUGUUAUACAUGCUAGAUCUAGACCAGACGUUUACAUUUUAGUCAUUUAGCAGACGCUCUUAUCCAGAGCGACUUACAGUUAAGUGAGUGCAUACAUUUUCAUGUCUCCCGAGUGGCGCAGUGGUCUAAGGCUGUGCCACUAGAGAUCCUGGUUCGAAUCCAGGCUCUGUUGUAGCCGGCCGCGACCGGGAGACCCAUGGGGCGGCGCACAAUUGGCCCAGCGUCGUCCGGGGUAGGGGAGGGAAUGGCCGGCAGGUUUGUGGGUUCGAUUCCCACAGGGGGCCAGUAUAAAAAAAUAUAUAUAUAUAAUGUAUGCACUCACUAACUGUAAGUCGCUCUGGAUAAGAGCGUCUUCUAAAUGACUAAAAUGUAAAUGUAAUACUGGCACCCCGUGGGAAACGAACCCACAAACCUGGCGUUGCAAACGCCAUGCUCUACCAACUGAGCUACAUCCCUGCCGGCCAUUCCCUCCCCUACCCUGGACGACGCUCUACCAACUGAGCUACAGGGGACUCAACAGAUACGUUUGACUGUAUCUGAUGUUAAACACAGUAGGUCAGUAGCCUUGUCCAUGGGAGUUACUGAUAGAGAGUGACAUGAUGUAACUCUGCCAGUGAGGCUCAGGUCAUUCUGACUCUGAGAAAUAGGUGACCAGGACCCAAAUGUCUGUUUCUGGACUCUGAACUUGUACCUGGCUAGCCAGAGGAGGGUGGCCUGGAGAGCUACUGGCUAUGCACUUUUUGCUUUUGUUCCAGCCCUGCACUAACAUACCUUAUUCAGCUAUUCAAGGUGCUGAUGAACAGUUGAUUAGUACAAUCAUGUGUGUCUGAGUAGGGCUGGAGCAAAACCCUGCACACCCAGUAGCUCUCCAGGUGGAGGUUGGCCACCACUGCACUAUCUGUUGUGUUUUUUAGCUGGAUCUAGGUUUUGAUUGAAUAUCCUCUGUUGUUGUCUCUGUGAGCAGAGUGCCCAGAGGUUGGACCUCUUCCGGAAGGCUGCAGACAAACACCAGAACAUGUAUCGUCUGGCCAUGACAGGCUCUGGCAUCGACAGACACCUCUUCUGUCUCUACAUCAUGUCCAAGUACCUCAGCAUCGACUCACCAUUCCUCAAACAGGUCAGCUCGCUUCUCUGAGUGUGUGUGUAGUCAACGCCAUUAUAUGUGUUAAAUUAUACUUUGGAGGCCAAGUGACAUGAUAUCAGAGAUUUAUGCUUACUCAUCUCCUCAAGUGACCCCAUCCCUCUCUCUCCUCCCCUUCUCUCGCUCCCCCUCUGUGUAGGUGUUGUCAGAGCCCUGGAGGUUGUCCACUAGUCAGACUCCUCAACAGCAGCUCAACAUGGUCGACAUCAACAAGUUCCCCAGAUACGUGGGGGCAGGAGGGGGGUUUGGCCCUGUGAGUCUACUGCACGCACACAAACACACACACACAGUAAGAAAUUAGCUGGGACCAGAUUUUCAAGUCCUACUGCCAUUGUGUCCUUCUCUGUUACUUCGUCUAUGUCUGCUUCUUACUUCUAUGAAGUAGUCAGAGUUAGGGGUGAGUGGUACUGAUGUCUCUCCUGCGCCCCCAGGUGGCUGAUGACGGCUAUGGUGUCUCUUACAUCAUUGUAGGAGAGAACCUCAUCACAUUCCACAUCUCCAGCAAGUUCUCCAGCCCUGAGACAGUGAGACCAUUGUGUAACACUACACAAACCUAAUGAACCAUAGAGUAUAUAGCACUCACAUACUAACUUAAUGGCAAUCUAGCUGGAUCUGUAUCAGGUCAAACAACUGUCUGUCUCUUUCUCUGUAGGACUCGUACCGCUUUGGACAGAACAUUCGACAGGCCAUGCUGGACAUUCGUGCGCUAUUCGACCAAAAAGACAAGAAAGAGAUGUGAUAAGUAGACAGACUGGAAGGUCUUUAUAGACUUCCUACCACAUUUUCAUGCUCUGUGACUUUACAUUAUUUCCCAAACGGCGGGUCACGACUAGUCUCUUCUGGGUAACGGCUUUAGACUGGGUCAAGUUAUAGAUCUUUUGGAUAUUUACUCAGAUAGCAGGAGGGAAUUGUUUUGCAGAAAUACAUAUUUAAUAAAGCAUUUUGACUUUAUUUCGCACUAUCUCUUCUAUAAAAUGGCAGUGAAUUUCUAACAUAGUAUUGAACCGAUUCUGGCAAGAGCAAUGAAGCACAAAAUGCCUUGGUGGCCUUAAAGAACAUUGAGUCAUAUGAUUUAGAUUGUAUUAAAAUGAUAUAGUGAUGUAGCUUUUUAAGGAUAGGCAGCGCAUCUGUUUAGUUCAGAGGCAGCUGUAUUUGCUUCUGAUUGUAAUAUGUGUAUAUGUGUACACCUGUAAAUACCACUGUUUUGAGUAUUUAAGUGUUGUAAUAUAUAAGGUAGUAUAUCUGAAUCUGUUAUAUCUGAAUCAUAUUUAUGUGUUUAGAGUAUAUUAUAAUAAAGGAUAUGUUGAUUGUU